AUGAGCAGCCCCCGCACCAACCCCACCCCUCCGCCCUCUAGCCCCCUCUGCGGGGGGAGGGCGCGCAAAAUAUACCCCCCCCGACCCGACCUCCCCGGACCCCUUCCCCAGGACCCCGGGACCGGAGAGUCCAGAGCCGGGCUGCGGAACUACAGCGAAGGGAAGCUCCUGGAGCGGGUCUAUGGCACCUACAAGCUGAUGCACACCAACCAGACCGUGGACUUUGUCCAAAAGAAGCUAGCGCAGUACGGCUCCUGCUCCCUCCGUCGCAUGGGGGUGAUGGAAGUGCUGGAGCUGCUGGACCAACUGGUGGACGAAUCCGACCCCGACGUGGACUUCCCCAACUCUCUCCACGCCUAUCAAACAGCAGAAGGCAUCCGCCGCGCCCACCCCGACAAAGACUGGUUCCACCUCGUUGGGUUGCUGCAUGACCUGGGCAAAGUCUUGGUCCUCUUUGGGGAGCCCCAGUGGGCAGUGGUGGGGGACACCUACCCCGUGGGCUGCAAGGUGCAGAAGUCAGUGGUCUUCAGGGACACCACUUUUGAGGACAACCCUGACACCAAGGACCCGCGGUACAGUACGGAGUAUGGGAUGUACAGACCUGGCUGCGGGCUGGAGAACGUCCUCAUGUCCUGGGGACACGAUGAGUACAUGUACAGGGUCAUGAAGUUCAACAAGUUCGCCCUGCCCGAGGAGGCUUUCUACAUGAUCCGGUUCCACUCCUUUUACCCCUGGCACACCCACGGCGACUACCGGCACCUCUGCACUCCCCACGACCUCCAGAUGCUGCCCUGGGUCAAGGAGCUCAACAAAUUCGAUCUCUACACCAAGCAGGAGGAGCUGCCCGACGUGGAGCAGCUCCGGGGGUACUACCAGAGCCUGAUCGACAAAUACUGCCCCGGGCAGCUCUGCUGGUGA